AUGAAGUCUCUUCCGAUUCUCGUGUUCCUGUCACUGGCAGCAGUGGUGGCCCUUGCCUAUGGUAUGACGAAUUUACAUUGUAAUCAUUUUAUAUUAAUAGCUUAGGAAAAUAAUAAUUAUUAUUAUUCCGAAUAAAGCACCUUUAUGCUUCAUAUUUUUUGCUAGUAAAAAAAGUUACCUUUUUUACCUUUUUCUUUUAAACUUAUGUUUACUUGUGUAAGGGGACAACAUAGUCUGCGUAUUUAUACAAUAUACUAGUAUGUUUCAAGUAUGCAGACUAUGUUAUAAUUAUAACCUCAGAAAGGCAGUUCUAAAACAUUUUUUUUUAUAAUUAUUUUUAAUGUCAGUUUAUAUAUUUUUUUUAAAUGUGUUUCUGUAAGUUCAUUUUUUCACAUAUAGUUUUUAUAAAUAUUAUGAAAUUGUCAGUUAUUAUAAUAAGCGUAUACCAUGAAAGGACCAAAGCUUAAAUAACAUCUUAGGCUCUUCUCUUAAAAAACAAUCUAUUAAAAAAAAAAACCCUGUGUUUAACACUCAGAUACACUGAGAGGAAUAUUGUUAAUAAACAAUACAUUUGGUGAAAGUAAGAUUGCCAGAUAUGUAUCAUAAACCUUUAGUAAAAAGCAAACACAUUUGAUUUUACAAUGAAAAAUAUCCUAAAUUGUUUCUUUUUUUGGGUUGCAUUCUUCUAUUUUUUAUUAAAUGCAGACACUACUCGCCAGCUUUUGGAACUAAAAGACAUAUUCUGCAACUUUAACAAAUGUAUAAAAAAAAUUCUACAUAGUUGGCUGUUAUUUAAAACUUGAGUGACUCAUAAAGCCAUUCACUAUGUUUAAUUUUUUUAAUUGAGAAUUAUUUAUUGUUAUUUUAUCACAUUAUUGCUAGAUUUUACUGUGACAGACAUUGAUAAUAGCCCCUUUAAAUCUUAUAAGAAGAUACUGCACAUUUUCACUACCUCAGGUUUCAAUUGUUUCCAUGAAGUCCACAGUUUUCAAUGAGGAAAAAAAACCAUGAUUUCUUAAAUCUAGAUUUUGGAAGUCUGGAAAUUCAAAACAAAGUGUUUAUUUACUUUUAAAAAGAUGAUAUGAUAAUGAAUGCCUUGGACAGAAAUUCAGAAAAUGUGAUAGAGCCAUCGACAUAAUAUCUAAAGUUUUAUCUGCAAGCACAGGGCUAUUGUGAUAGAGAGGCCUUAGAAUGUGAAAUGGGGCAAUGCAUGGGAAAUAAGAAAGGAAAUUUAUCCUGGUGGGUAUCUCUAUGAGGAAUUUGUUGCUAAAGGACAGCAGAGAUAAUUCACUUGCCAUUUUAGGGAAAUCACUACGAGAUCUAUGUAACACACACAUAGCACUUCCACAUUACACUAAAUAUUUUAUUUGUUGCAGCUCUGUUUCACAUUUCCCAACAGUUCACAUUCAGUGGCACACUCAACAUUGUGGGCCCCUAUUCUGCUGACCCAUGUUAACCUUCUGGUGUACCAUUUUUUUAUUAUUACUAAUAAGCCCAACACAAAUAUAACAAUAGGUGUGUCUGGGCUGCACAAACGGAACUCAGGGCAUUUGGCCCAAUCAAGAAAGUAUUGAGGUGACUGAACUUGGUGUCACAGGCAGAGAAGAAUUAAGAUCCUACAGGGCCCUUGGCAGUUUACUCCUUUGGGGCAGACUCUUCACUUUUGGUAUAGUGAAUGGAGCCAAGAUUGGCCAAGUAUCUUCAUGAUUUCUACCAGUCUAGCCUCUGAGCCUUAGGCGGCUGACUUUAAAUUUGCAUUCAUAGUUUCAAAUGCUGGGAAGUAUACACUUGAAAGAGUGACGUUUUUGCUGGGUUGUUAAGCAGUGCAUGUUUUAACAGUUAGGCCCUCUCAUCUCUUUUGUGAUAAUGUAAAACACUAAACCAGCUUGUGCCGUUUUUAAUAAUAGAUGCCCUGGCCCCUUAUUUUGUCUUCAGUGGGUCUUUCAUUUGUAUUUAUGGUCUGGGCUAAGUUUUAUAUAGGCUGUCCUCAGAUCUAGCACAAUUCUUAUGAUGAUACACAUGUAUCAUUUGAGUUCUUUGCAAAAGGGCAGCGGACACAAAAGUGACUGUUGCACUUUAGAAGAGGUAAAAUUAAUUAAUUGCUUGCUUUUAAUUUGUGAUCAAACUCAAAUUUAGAUUAGAUCAGUGAACUAACAUGUGACAUGAAGUGUAGCUUCUAUUGUACUGAGAGAUACUUUUAAAGUAUGUAUUUAGUAAAUUGUAGUAAAUUGAUGCAUGAGUUACAAAAUGGAGACCAAAAUAGCCAAGGUUUAUAAAAAUGUGCAACUGUUUUGAAGAUGUUUUGAUACUUGGACAUUUUGGCCUAACUUUUGAAACUCUGUAAUAAAGUUUGUUUAGUAAAAAAAAAAACUAAUAUGUAUUUGCAAUAAAAUCAUAGUUCAUACACAUUUUGAGAAAUACUGAGUGGCAUAUCUCUGAACAUCGACAUACACCAGAAUGCCCUUGGGAGGGAGCGAAGGAGGCGGACCAGUGAUGCAAGUUGUGUCACUGGCGCUACUGAAAGGGGGUGGAUCUGCCCAUCAAAAAGGCAUCAAAAGAAUGGGCAGAUCAGCCUGGCGUUCUAGGUCCUGCUCACUUUGCACCUCUAGGGAAAAGUUCCGUGGCAGAACACUAGGGAACAAAAGUAUUUAAUUUAUUUAUUUUUUUAUCUAUACAAAAGUAUUUUAUUUAUUUAUUUAUUUAUUUAUCUAUUUUAAAUAUAUUUUUUAUAUUUCAUAUAUGUUUUGAUAUGUUAUUAUGUUAAGAAAAUCAUUUGAAAAGGUUAUCCAAAAUUAGUAAAUUAUUAGGAAAGUUUUAAAAAUAAUACACUGAGGUUAAAGUUGGGACAACGGGACAGGUCUAUAAAAUAGGGACUGUCCCACAUAAAUCAGGACUGUUGGGAGGCCUGGGGUAGUAAUCUGGGCUUUAACAACUUCCUACAUUAAAUUAAAGAUCAUCAUUGCGGUUGGAUUCAGCCUGUGUAUAAUAAAAUAAUUUCACAAUUUAGGCCAAUGUAGACAAAUUAUAAAAAAGGUGAAUUUGAUAAUUUUCCAAUGCAGCUAAAUGUCUGUUUAGUGAAAUAAUGUGUAAUAGCUCAGCACAUUCCCUCAGUUAUUGCUUUUAUGGUUUGAUGCAUUAAAAUGAGUAUUUCUAUUUUCUAUUUAGAAUCCUAUGAAAGCCAUGAGUCCUUUGAACGAUAUGGUAAGAGGAAAUCAGUUUAUUUAUAGAUUAUACGUCAUAACAAUUUGAGUACUUGCUACACCUGUUAUUUAAAGAUUUUACAGAUUUAAGAAAGCACAUGCCAUAAGGGGUACAACCUGUCCAGAGUCUGUCAUGUUUUUUAUUAUCAUGUGCUUUAUUAUAUAUAUAUAAAAUAAAAAAUCAUAAUUCUUUCUACGUGUUUUUUUGUUUUUGUUUUUUUCUUUUGUUCUAUAUUUGUGGUUGUUGUGCAAAUGCAGGUACUAUAUAACUCAUGGGCUUUUCUUCUUAGAAGCACUUUACAACUUUUCCUGCUGUGUAAUUUAAUCAAUGAAUGUUAGAAAAAUCAGGACAGGAGGACAGGACGGGAGGAAGUAUCAGACGUUGAUUAACAUGGUGACUGUGCUUUCAUAUGCAUUACAGAAGGAAGCACAUAAGGUUAAAUGGUCUUCUACACUAAGUUUAAAACCAAAUACAGUAGAUCAAACAAACACCCAUACAUAUAAAGUGAAUUAGAAGAAAUAUUUUUCUGCCAAAAAAAAAAAAAUUUACUUUACUUAUAUGCUUUAAAGGACCACUAUAGGCACCCAGACCACUUCAGCUUAAGGAAGUGGUCUGGGUGCCAGGUCCAGCUAGGUUUAACCUUUUUAUCUAUAAACAUAGCAGUUUCAGAGAAACUGCUAUGUUUAUAAAUGGGUUAAUCCAGUCUUUAGUGGCUGUCUCAUUGACAGCCGCUAGAGGGCUUACGCGCUUCUCACUGUAAAUGCUUUCCUAUGGACUGGCUGAAUGCGCGCGCAGCUCCUGCCGUGCAUGCGCAUUCAGCCGAAGAGGAGGAGAGGAGGAGGAGAGCUCCCCGUCUGGCGCUGGAGAAAGAGGUAAGUUUAACCCCUUCCUCCCCCUAAAGCCCGGCAGGAGGGGGACCCUGAGGGUGGGGGCACCCUCAGGGCACUAUAGUGCCAGGAAAACGAGUAUGUUUUCCUGGCACUAUAGUGGUCCUUUAAAGGAACACUAUAGUCACCUAAAUUACUUGAACUAAAUAAAGCAGUUUUAGUGUAUAGAUCCUUCCCCUGCAAUUUCACUGCUCAAUUCACUGUCAUUUAGGAGUUAAAUCACUUUGUUUCUGUUUAUGCCGCCCUAGCCACACCUCCCCUGGCUAUGAUUGACAGAGCCUGCAUGAAAAAAAAACACCUGGUUUUACUUUCAAACAGAUGUAAAUUUACCUUAAAUAAUUGUAUCUCAAUCUCUAAAUUUAACUUUAAUCACAUACAGGAGGCUCUUGCAGGGUCUAGCAAGCUAUUAACAUUGCAGGGGAUAAAAAAAUCUUAAUUAAACAGAACUUGCAAUAAAGAAAGCCUAAAUAGGGCUCUCUUUACAGGAAUUGUUUAUGGGAGGCUGUGCAAGUCACAUGCAGGGAGGUGUGACUAGGGUUCAUAAACAAAGGGAUGUAACUCCUAAAUGGCAGAGGAUUGAGCAGUGAGGCUGCAGGGGCAUGUUCUAUACACCAAAACUGCUUCAUUAAGCUAAAAAGUUGUUCAGGUGAUUAUAGUGUCCCUUUAACAUUUUAUAGUUUACAAUCACAUUGCAGUUGUAAAAAAAUUUAAAAAACUGAUAUUUAUUAAUAAUUAAUUUAUAUUCAAUAAUACCUAUACAAUCUUACCUUGUAAACCCAACCAGUUCCAAGCAGAAGGUAAGCAAAUACCAUACACUGUAAAAAAAAGUAAGAGGUUUAAAAGGACAAAUAAGGCAACUCUGCCAGAUAAUGGCAUAUGAUAUAAUAUAACAAUAUAUAAGGGCAGUGACUCAAAAGCAAUUAAUCCUACAAGUCUACCAAAAAGGAAAAAAAAAGAAAAACCUUUUAAAGUCUCGCCCAUAUGGAUAGCAUGCAGCACUAUGAUAUCACACUCUCGAUGCCAAAAAACACAUAUGGUCCAAAUGUGUAAAGAGGCUACCAAGUAUUUCUGAGCAGACAUAUUUCAGAAUAGAAACCAAAGAAAACAGUUACUUGUGCACUAUCCCAAAUCCCUGUGCAUAAUCAAAUAAUUAAAGGUUUUUAGUAUCACUCCAAAGGCCAUUAGUUUGUAAGCUCACCUGCCACGUCAAGGGCAAACCUCUUAGGUGAGUCCUACACUAACAAUUCACCUUGCUACUUUCAGCUUCAGGUAAAAUAUCUCUAAUAGAGGGGUCUCUUUUGAGAUUUCUUUACCUGAAGCUCAAGGAAGCAAUGUGAUUUGUUAUUGUAGGACUCACAUAAGAGGUUUGCCCCUUGACAUGGCAGGUGAGCUUACAAUCUAACGGCCAUUGGAGUGAUACUAAAAACCUUCAGUUAUUUGAUUAUGCAUACGGAUUUGGAAUAGUGCACAAGUAACUGUUUUCUUUGGUUUUUAUUGCAUGUAUUGGGGCUGAUGGGUACUACGGUUAUUGCUGCCGCCUAGGAGUAGUGGGAGUUUGAGCGCAGGACUUAUUUCAGAAUAGUUCUACUUGACCCUUUCCAUAACAGCCUCAUAAAUAUGAGAAAGCAGAAGUAGAGUAGAAGAGUUGUACAAGAGAAUGGGUUAAUGUGACUCUAGCAUCUGAAAUUGUCUUUACAUAACUUUGUUGGAAAUGUUGUAAAAUUGUAUUUCUAACAAAGUAAUUGUCAUGCUCCUAAGCAGGUCAGAGAGGAGACGAUUGCAAGGGUUAUUGGUUAAAAUCUUAUUUGUCGUAUUAGACAUAACAAAAUUUACUGAAAAUAAAGAAUAAAGAGCAGUCUGCCACAAACAGGAUACUUUGAGAAAAACAGGGUUUAGUCGAUAUGCCACAAACAAGAUAUUUAAUAAGUAAAUGAAUAAAGUCUUUUGUAUACAAGCAGGCUUGAAGUUAUACCAAGUAGUUAAGGAUUUCCAGGAUACUUUGCAAUGCAGCUAGUUAUAGGUAAAUACCUUUUAGGAUUAAGCAAUACAGGAUCAUGCAGAGUUGUAGAGGUUGAAACAAGUAGGUAUAUUCCAAAAUAAUAUAAUGCAGGUUGCUUACGAGAUCAUGCAGUGAUGCAGCAAUUGAAGCAGUUAAGAUUCUUCAAUGAAGGCAAUACGCCACAAAUCAGGAUUCUUGGAAGCUGAUAAGGAAAGUCUUUCGAUAAGAUGUAAUUCAGGCAAAUUCAGGAUGAAGUAGUACAGGUUAGUGCCUUUCAGUAUGAGGAAAUGCAGAUGAGUAAGUAACAUGUAAUUAUAUUAAUUGAAGAAAUUUGAUUUAUUUCCAGACCCAUUUUUAAACUCAAGGAAUGCCAAUUCAUUUAUGAAUUCCCAGCACAGAAACAUACGCAUGAAUGAAAGGUAAGGAGAGAUUACUGAUAAGUUAGUUUAAUGACUCAGCAAUAUCUAUUUAUUAUAGUUAGCUGUUUCUGGUUCUAGAACUUUCCAUAGAGCUACAAAAUGUAAUUUCUUGUGUCAUCAAUACACUGGAGACAUUUCUAUAAGUGCCUUAGAUAUGCUUCCUCUUAUCAAAUCAAAAUGGGCAAGGAGUAGAGAUGGGUGGAUCAUUUAUUUGAAGAAUAUUGAUAGCAUGGGAUUAGGCUAAAAGUGUUGGAUGGAUUGGCAAAACAAGGACUCUUAAAAAAACAUGAGAAGAUCAACUUGCCAAUGAGAAAAGAGUUGGAAUAAUUGCAGGUGACUUAAGGACAACCUUACCUAGCACAUAGAAGCAAAAUAAGAUCUUGGAAGGCCUUGGAGUUAGGGGAUAGGAAAGGAUUAGGUUGUUGAGAAGGUAACUGCUAAAUUGGGUAAGAUGGAUAAAGAUGUUGUGGUCAAAAUUUCUCAUUGUUUGCAUCUAUAAUAUAGCUAGUACUGUGAAUAAGUCAUUUAGUAUAAUUAGGUCUUUAAUGAUUUCUCUAGAGUCCGUGAGCGCAAUAAGAGCCCCCGGGAACGACAGCGCGAGACUUGUGAGGACUACGAUCCUUGCGAACGAUAUGCAAUGAGAUUUGGCUUCGACGCUGCUUACAGACGAUAUUUUGGAAGGCGUAAUGGAGAAAAAUAA